CGGAUCACAAUCAAUGGAAAGAGCUGAUGUCAUCAGCUCUGCCAUGUGAUCAGCUGUGUCCAAUCACGGCUGAUCUCAUAAGAGCCGGUAAUUGGCAUUCCUCAGAGGGGAUAUGUACACUGAUGAUCAGGACACCUGAUGAUCAGUGUGCCCUGAUGAUCAGUGUAGCCCCAGCAGUGCCACUUGUCAGUGCCCAUCAAUGUCACCUGUCAGUGUCCAUCAGUGCACAUCAAUGCCACAUAUCAGUGCGCAUCAGUGCCGCCUAUCAGUGCCGCAUAUCAGUGCCGCCCUAUUAGUGCUGCCUAACUAACAGUGCCAGUCAGUGCCACCUAUCAGUGUCAGUCAGUGCCGCCUAUCAGUGCAAUAUAUGAGUGCUGCCUUUCGGUGCCCAUCAGUGAUG